UCUAAAUGUGCUUUGUCUAUGGACAGUUGUUUUUUUAUUUAUAACCUAACCUCAAAUGAUUAGACAUACAACAUGAAUAAUUUCUUGCAAACGUUUAAUAAUUUAAAAAUAUUUAAAAGAAGUAUAAGUAAAAACAUAUACAAAUGGCACGGUGAAGGUAUACAGUAUCCAGGUUUCAAAUACUAUCCCAAGGAUCCAAAUCAUAAGGAUCCUCCUUAUGAACCGUCCAAGUUGUUUAAAGUGCAGCGGAUAAAACAUAUAAAAGGUUGCCCUUAUUGGGAGAAAAACAUCCUGAAAGAGUUUAAAAUAGAUGGUAAAUUGAACGAUUAUGCGAUUAUUAAAAAUAUACCCGAAAAUAACGCUCGCCUAUGGAGGAUAAAGCAUUUAGUAAAGAUCGUACCGGUAACAUUUCCUAAUGGUUUCCCGGAUGAUUCGUGGGGAACGUAUUUAAAAGAAAAUGGAGAACUAUUGGUUACGAAGGCAUUGAAGCCGCAAGAGGAUAAACUUAUAGCGACAGAGAAGUUUGUAAAGGAUCCCAAAAGGCUGGAUGGUGAUACUUUGCGACGUGAAUCACGUAAACGCUGGGAAACGGAUCAUAGACCAUUGUAGAUGUAAUUAUAUAAAUUAAUAUAGAAAUACAAUUUGUGUAUAUAUUAUUUUAUUUUUAAAAGCAA